AUGGUUAAACCCUAUUGGAGGGAUUGGAGCUCUAGGCUUGGAAAUGCACUAUGGGAUUAUCAGACGGCUUACAAGACACCGAUUGGCAUGAGUCCGUUUCGGCUAGUCUAUGGAAAGGCUUGUCACCUUCCGGUAGAGGUGGAACACAAGGCUUAUUGGGCUAUGAAGGAAUGUAACUCAGGACUGGGAGGAGCCGGAGUUGAAAGGAAAUUGCAACUGGACGAAUUGGAGUGCAUUUGGUUAGAAGCUUAUGAAAACUCAAGGCUCUACAAAGAAAAGGUAAAGGCGGUACAUGAUCGGAACAUCAAGAGAAGAGAGUUUAGAGCUGGCGAUCAAGUCCUUCUCUAUAACUCAAGGUUGAGAUUAAUGCCGGGAAAACUGAAGUCAAGGUGGGAUGAACCAUAUCUGGUGAAAAAGGUUGAACUAUAUGGAGUUAUCCACUUGAGAAGUCAAUGGCCACCGUUUGAAACUCUAUCAUAG